AUGAGUUACCUUCUGGACGACAAAAAAAUUCUCCUCAAGGAAUUGUUCAUUCGGAAUGAGGACAUAAAGAGAGAAAAUGAAAACAUCGAACUGGAAAAUCGAGCUUUUUUAAAACUUAUUGAGAAUUACGAAGAGAAGGCGAAAUUACUGAAAGUGCUUCCCUACAUCCACCACGUGUGUACUAGUCUGUACUCCGUGGAGGAUGAAAUAAACUUCAACUUAACGCAACGUGAGUUUGCAUCCGAGUUGAAUCAGUUGCUGGAUGAGGCGAUAGAGAAUUACAAACAGAUUUUAAAAAAUAUAUUAACAAAGUCGGAGAAAGAUGGGGGGUCUCCUACCACUGGUUUGUCUGGGCACCAUCUGACGAAGGAUCAACUCACAAGCAGGGUGUAUAACGUUGACAUGGAUGAUUUGGAUGCUAUGCAUGCUAUGGUUUGCGUCUCUCGGGGGGCCAAUGCAAGAGAUACGUUAGUGCGUGAACGGCCGGAGGGGAAAGACCCACCAGGGGGGGCAACGCCGGAGGAGCAGCACGACCAAACAGCGGAACAGCCCCCCGCGGCGUCUCCCUGCAAGACGAACGAGAAAAACAUUUGCCUGCACUGGGAGCGGGAGGAGUCCACGGGGGAGUUUUACUCCAUUCAGUCAUUCGAGGCGCAUGAGGAUAUCCACAGGAGCCGCCUGAACCUGCCCGAGAAGCAACAGCUGACGGUGAACGAGAUAGAAAAGCUAAAAGAGAAGAUAAAAAAAAACACCGUUUAUUAUGACAACGCAAAAACGAUGAUCAGUUCCAUGAUCACUCAGUGCAAAAUUCUGCUUUUCGAGUUAGACGAGGAUAUAAAAAAUUACAAUACAUGGAGAGAGAGAAUGAAGAAUGACAGCUACAUAAUGAAACGGAAGCAUUGUCUAACUGAAUUCUUUAGUGGCAUCCUUCAGAACCAUCAACACAAAGUCGAAGAAGCCAGAAACACAAACCAUACUCUCCUAAAUCUCUACAAGAAAAAAUUCUCCAGUAUGACCUAUAUCAUAACCAUUAACGAAAAUAUUAACAACGUAGACUUUAGGUACCUACACGUGCUCAUCCACAACCAGAAGCUGAAGUACGACAGGCUGAUGCGGGAACACGAGGACAGCUACUCCUGCCUAAGGAAGCUCCUCAACGAAUUAAGACAGACGCAAACUAAAAUUGAAGAACACGAGAGGAGGAAAAAAGAAAUGCAAACCAUUAUCGAAAAAAACACCUGCACGCUGAACGAAAUGGAUAAUAUGAUAAUUGACCUCACCAAUAAGAUUGACACGACCAACAGCGUGUCGAAUAAAAUGAACCAGUACGAGCACGUCGGCGCCAUGGGCAGCAUCUCCGUCCUGCAGUGCAUCCAGCUGAACAAAGACCUCCACAAUGUGGAGAAAAAAAUAAAAUCUUACGAACGAAAAAUUGACAUCAUCGAAAAUGUAAAGGGGUUCCCCUUAAGUCCCAACUCGGCUAGUUCUGGCAAGGCGCUCUUCAAAAAGGAGGAGGGGAAAAAAAAUAGUAGUAAAAACGCAUGA